UAUUUUCGUGAAUAUCAUCUUUUACUUUUACAUUGAUUGCCUUUAAAUAUUCUCUGUUUAAAGGGUGAAUAUUUCUUUGUUUAGUUUGCUUAAGUAUUUUAAUUAAAAAUAUUGUUUUGUGGAAUCAAUGAUAUGAAGUUUUUCAUCUUAGGCCGUGAAUUUAUUUUCUAUUUGUUCUUUGAGUUUUUUUUUCUUUGUUUAUUUCGAGAACUAUAAUUUUUAUUUUAGGUAUUUAUUAUUUAAUAAUUGAUUAUAGAGUUUUUGUUGAGUGAGAGCUUUUCAAUUUAAAUGGUUCUAUAGUUGUUAUAACUUUAAUUUUGGAUUGAAUAUCUCUUAUUUUUAUAUCUUUUGUUAUAUAUAUUUCUUCUUUGGUUAUUUAUUAUAGAGAGGAUUAUAUAUCUGGUGAAAAGAAUAUAAAUCGUUUUAUUAUUAUUGUUUUAAUAUUUAUUCUUUCUAUAGGUUUUUUAAUUAUUAGUCCUAAUUUAAUUAGAAUUUUAUUAGGUUGAGAUGGUUUAGGUUUAGUUUCUUAUUGUUUGGUAUUUUAUUAUCAAAAUGUAAAAUCUUAUAGUGCUGGUAUAUUAACUGCACUUUCUAAUCGUAUUGGUGAUGUUGCUAUUUUAAUUUCUAUUGCAUGAAUGUUAAAUUUUGGUGGUUGAAAUUAUAUUUAUUAUUAUGAUUUUAUUUCUAAUUCUUUUGAAAUAAAGCUCAUUACUAUAUUAAUUGUUUUAGCAGCUAUAACUAAGAGAGCUCAGAUUCCUUUCUCUUCAUGACUUCCUGCUGCUAUAGCAGCUCCUACUCCUGUUUCUGCUUUAGUUCAUUCUUCUACUCUUGUUACUGCUGGUGUUUAUUUAUUAAUUCGUUUUAGACCAAUAUUGGAUACUUAUAAUUGUGGUUGAUUUUUACUUUUAAUUGGUUGUAUAACUAUAUUUAUGGCUGGAUUGGGCGCUAAUUUUGAGUUUGAUUUAAAGAAGAUUAUUGCUCUUUCUACUUUAAGACAACUUGGUUUAAUAAUAAGAAUUUUGGCUAUAGGUUAUCCAAAGCUUGCAUUUUUUCAUUUAUUGGCUCAUGCUUUAUUUAAGGCAUUAUUAUUUAUAUGUGCAGGUUCAAUAAUUCAUAAUUUGAAGGAUUCUCAGGAUAUUCGUUUUAUAGGAUCAAUUGUUAAUUUCAUACCUUUAACUUCAGUUUGUUUUAAUGUUUCUAGUUUAUCUUUGUGUGGAAUACCUUUUUUAGCGGGAUUUUAUUCAAAGGAUUUAAUUCUUGAGAUGGUUUGUUUAAGAUGAAUUAAUUGUUUAAUUUUUUUCUUUAUUUUUUUUCUACUGGUUUAACUGCUUCUUAUUCUUUUCGUUUGUUUUAUUAUUCAAUAUCUGGUGAUAAUAAUUUUUAUUCUAGAUUUUCUUUUGAUGAUAAGGGUUAUUAUAUUUCAUUUGGAAUAAUUGGUCUAUUGUUUGUUGCUGUUUUUGGUGGUAGUCUUUUAUCUUGAUUAAUUUUUCCUAUUCCUCAUGUGAUUGCUUUACCUUAUUAUUUAAAGUUUUUAACUAUUACAGUUGUUAUUUUAGGUGCUUAUUUAGGUUAUCUUAUUUCUAAUUUUGAUUUUUCUCAUAAUUUAUUUUCUUUAAGUAUACUUUCUUUUGUUAGAUUUGCUGGUUCUAUAUGAUUUAUACCUUUUCUUUCAACUAAGUUUAUUAGAUAUAUUCCUUUAAAAAUAGGUUAUUAUUCAUCUAAGUCAUUUGAUUAUGGUUGAGGUGAAUUACUUGGUGGUCAAGGUUUAUAUAGAUUAUUUAUUUAUUUAAUUGGUUAUAUUCAAGGUUGAUAUGAUUCUAAUUUCAAGAUUUAUCUUUUAACUUUUAUUUUUUGAAUAUUUAUUUUGGUAAUAUUGUUUUU